AUGACUUCUAUACCACACGAAGAUAAUAAGUAAGUUGACUCUUUAUAAAAUCAAUGAUAAUUUUAAUUUUAUUAUUUAACUAACAGUAGGUACUUUGUGUAUUAAUAUUUUUUUUUUAGUAAUCAAAAUUAUAUUGUAAAUUUAUUUGAUAUUGAUGAUUGUUUUGAUCGUACUGAUAUAAAUAAUUACCAAAACAAUCAGAAUACUACUACAAAUGAUCCUCCAAGGUAAGAUAUAUUCGUAUGUUACCUAAUUUAAUAUUAAUAAUAUAUUGGUUACUAGAUAACAGAGCUUAGGAAAGCAAUUGACUGGUAUGCAAAAGAUUCAAAGUCUAUUCCCACAAACUUUUGAUCUAUUACAGUCGUUUUAGCAAAAAAAAAAAAAAUUUAUUUUGAAGCUCCAAAAAGUGUUAACUAAAAAAACAUACCCAUUGCAAAAUCUCCCUUCGGUAUUAUCUGUAUUAUCUCCAUAAUACAGAUAACCAAAUUAUGUUUUGUUUAUAUUACUUACAGUACUCAUAAGGAUCCUACUAGAUACAAAUAUUUUUAUUUCAAUUCAUUUUUUUAUAUUUUGAUAAAAAACUUAUAAGUUAAAUCAUUUUAUAUUGAAUUAUUUAAACAAAUUUAAAGAUAGCCAUUUUAUAGAAUUUAUUCUUUUGAAAAUGUUGAUGUAUCAAUUUUUAUUUUCAUUAAAUUCGUGAUUUUUAAUAUUUUUUUAAAGUUUAAAGUAAAAGUAUGUAAAGUCAUUAGCCAUGUAGCCAUGAUAACAAUAAUCAAUUAGUGAAUGUGAUUACACCCUGCUGCAUAGUAAUAGGUACUUUUCUUGGAACUUUAAAAAUUAUUAAAAAUCACGAAUUUAAUGAAAAUAGAAAUUAAUGCAUCAAUAUUUUCAAAAGAAUAAAUUCUUCAAAAUUAUUAUCUUCAAAUUUUUCAAAAUAAUAUAGUAAACAAUUAAUUUUUUAGUUGUUUGUCAAAACAUAAAAAUUUAAUUCAAAUAUAAAUAUUUGUAGUCCUUAUUCUUGCUAGUAAUAUACUUAUAUAUUUAUAUAUAAAAAAAAAAACAGAAUUUGAUUAACUUUAUUAUCUAAAAAGAUAAUGCAAUGAGUGUAUCUUCAUGGGACAAAUCCCAGUUAUAAAUUAAUACUUAUUUUAAAAAUAAUAGUGAAUGUGUAGGCUAAUUGAAAAAUAUUAGUGUGUAUUAUUAUUAUUGAAUUGAUUAGCUUUAAUGACAAGUAUUAUUUGAAAUAUUAUUUAAAUUUUUUUUUGUGCUAAAAUUUUUUAAUUUUGUAAAUUUCUUUCAUUUAUAAUCCUAGGGUUUUUUAUAAUUAUCUGGUGUAUUGAUUUAAUUUCUUUUGUUUUUAUUAUUGACAACAUUUAGUUUGUAUAUGUUUUAUUAGUGUAUCAUAUAUAAUAAUUAGAAACCCAAAUAUCAAAUAUAUAGAGGGAAAUAGAUUACCAAUACAAUUAUACCUACACCAUUAGGUUUUUUGGUUCAACAGUAUUAAAUUAGAAAUCCAAAACAGUAAAUUAGAGAAUUGAGAUAAAUAUAUAUAUAAAGAACUAUUCUAAAUCAUUGAACAUGUUAUCAUCCACCAAAGUCAAGCUAUUUGAAGGAAUUAAUUAUUGAUGGUAUUUUAAACUUAAAAAUUUGAAUAAUAAUAAAAUUAGUAGGGAAUAUCUGUUGUUCACUAGUAAGUGAUUUUUAAUUGUAACAAUAUACCCAAUAAUUUGGUGCCUAUGUAUUUUUUUCCACUUAAAUUAAAAUGUAUAAUUCUUACACGUCCAUUUUUAUUAUAUAUUAAUUUAUAUAAAAAUCUUAUAAGGUACUUAAUAUUUAUUUUUUAGCUGUACAAAUGAUACUCAAUCAUAUUCUGAAAUUUCCGCUGCUCCUUAUGGUAGCUUGGACCUCUUUGCUAAUGAUGUGAAACUACCAGAUGAAGAAAUAAUUUACAUUAUUUCUAAAAAUGCUAAUUUAAUUAGAUGUGAAAUAUGUGACAUCCAUUGUUCCAAUACAUUUGAUUUGGCCAAACAUCAACGUAUGCACACAAAAACUUUUAACUGUCAUCUGUGUAAUGACCGUUUUUCCAACACUUAUGGACUAAAACGUCAUUUGCUACGUUCACAUCGAAGAGAAAGACAUCAUCAGUGCUUGGAGUGUGGCAAAGCCUUUCAUCAGCUUGGUCAUUUAAUAGCUCACACAAGAGUACACACUGGUGAAAAGCCCUAUGUAUGUACUGUUUGUCAGAAAACAUUUGCACAUUAUGCUAAUCUUAUAACUCAUCGUAAAAUCCAUAGUCAAGAACGGUCAUAUGAGUGUGAGAUAUGUACUAGACAAUUUAUGCGUGCGUCCAAUCUUAUCGAACACAGGAAAAUUCAUGGUGGUAAUAAACCAUAUGGCUGUGAUAUGUGUGAGAACAGAUACAAGAGAAAUUCUCAUUUGAUUGAACACAGACGAAUUCAUACUGGUGAAAGACCAUAUAAAUGUGAUUUUUGUGAGGAGACAUUUACAAGAUGUUCAGGUUUAAACAAACAUAAAAAAAGGUAUCAUCAAAAUAUAAAUGAUUCAGCUCCUAUUCAACAAAAUUUACUUAUAAAUUAA